AUGUCGACCGAUAAGAUCACCUUUUUGACCAAUUGGCACGCAACCCCGUACCACGCACCUCUUUAUCUUGCUCAAAGCAAGGGUUACUUCAAGGAUGAGAGACUUAAGGUUGCCUUGCUAGAACCUAAUGACCCUUCGGAUGUGACCGAGAUCAUUGGCAGCGGCAAGGUUGACAUGGGUUUCAAAGCCAUGAUCCACACGUUGGCUGCCAAAGCCCGUAACUUCCCGGUUACCUCCUUCGGUUCCCUUCUGGACGAGCCGUUUACUGGAGUUGUCUACCUCAAGGACAGCGGUAUUACCACCGACUUCAAGACCCUCAAGGGCAAACGUAUUGGUUACGUUGGAGAGUUUGGCAAAAUCCAAAUCGAUGAGCUUACCAAGUACUACGGUAUGACUCCCGAUGACUACACUGCUGUGCGCUGCGGCAUGAACGUCACCAAGGCCAUUAUCGAGGGCAAUAUCGAUGCUGGUAUUGGUCUCGAGAACGUCCAGAUGGUCGAGCUAGAGGAAUGGCUGGCAGCUCAGGGCCGUCCCCGUGACGAUGUCCAGAUGCUUCGUAUCGACCAGCUCGCCGAACUCGGCUGCUGCUGCUUCUGCUCGAUUCUUUACAUUGCCAAUGACAGCUUCCUCGCUGCCAACGGCGACAAAGUGAUGAAGUUCUUGCGCGCUAUCAAGCGGGCUACUGACUUUGUCAUUGCUGAGCCCAAGAAGGCUUACGAGGAAUAUGUUGACUUCAAGCCUAUCAUGGGUACUGAGGUCAACCGCAAGAUCUUCGAGCGGUCUUAUGCUUAUUUCAGCCGUGACCUGAAGAACGUUCCUCGCGACUGGCAAAAGGUCACCAACUAUGGAAAGCGGUUGGGAAUCUUGGACGCAUCUUUCCAGCCCAACUACACCAAUGAGUUGCUCACCUGGGAUCUCGAUGCGGAUUCCACCGACCCAAUCGGUGACCAACAGCGGAUGGCUGAACUUCAAAAGAAGGUUGCUACCGAGGGUGGUUUCCAGCGUCUCGAGAUUGCCGCUUAG